AUGUGUCGGCAUUCUUUUUCUCUUCACUUUUACAACCUUCAUCACUCCAUCUUGUUUUUUGCGCUUUUCCUAUUACUCUCUUUCGCUCCUCCUCACUCACUCUCUCAUUCUUUCUCUGCCUCACUCUCUCUCUCUCUCACUCUCUGUUUCUCUGCCUCGCUAUUUCUCUCUCUAUCUCUUUCACAGAGAAGUUUUCUAUCUUUUUCCUCUAACGUUACUCCUUCCUGUCUCCAGAAGGCAACGGCUUCGAUCAAUGAGGCCUCUGAAAAUAGCAGCUGUGGCCGUUGCACUGCCUGUGUUGUUCAGAGAUGCAGCAAAUCGACGAUGAUUAAUCAAGGAAGCACAGAAAAAAGAAAUAAAAAUGGCAUCCGUUCGUGUACAAUAAAUAGAUUAUCUAUCUAUCUAUCUAUCUCUCUAUCUAUCUAUCUAUCUAUGUCGGUCCACAGCUACCUAGCUAUCGUUAUGUAUGUCUAUUUAUACCUGUCUUUCGGUCGGUAUAUCUAUCUAUCUAUCUAUCUAUCUAUCUAUCCCAUUUAUCCCAUUUUCUUUAUGUCUGUUUCUCUCUUUAUAUCAAUUUGUCAAUCUAUCUAUCUAAUAUUUUAA